AUGGAUACCAAAGGAACAGCACCGUGGAUAAUUGUAACUGGUGUUUGCGGUUCAGUUGUGUUACUCCUCUUCUUGAUGUGGUGUCUCUGCAGAUGUUGCACCGGUAAGAAGAAGGCUUCCAGCAAGAAGGGUGCCAAAGGAUACAUCGACAUCUCGCAAGUCCAACAGCUCGGUCUCUCCUACAAAGAAAAAGUACAACCUGACCUGAACGAAUUGAAGGAGAACAUGGAAGAGAACGAAGAUGCCCAACAUCGCGGAAGACUCCACUAUUCACUCGAUUACGACUUCAAUCGCAAUGAGCUGAGUGUUGGAGUGAUGGAACUUGUCGGCCUACCUCCAAUGGACGUAAGUGGAACCACCGACCCUUACGUUAAAGUCUACUUGAAUCCAGAUAAGAAAAAGUUCGAAACGAAAGUGCACAGGAAGACAUUGAACCCAGUUUUCAACGAGACAUUCCAGUUUAAAAUAGCCUACUCAGAAUUAUCCUCAAGGUCCAUUACAUUUGUCGUAAUUGACUUCGAUCGUUUUUCCAAGCAUGACGUCAUCGGACAGGUCAAGGUCGGUCUGGCCAGCAUUGAUUUCGGGACGGCAACGGAUAGAUGGGAGGAUGUCGGAAUGGCUGACUUUGAGAUGGACAAGUCCACUCGACUGGGAGACAUAUGUUUCUCCUUAAGAUACGUUCCAACUGCUGCAAAACUUGUCAUCGUCAUACUGGAAGCUAAGAACCUCAAAAAGAUGGAUAUAUCCGGUUUGUCGGACCCCUACGUGAAAGUAACGUUGUACAUCGGCGGCAAGAAAGUAAAGAAGAAGAAAUCAACUGUGAAGAAGCGUACACUCAACCCAUACUUCAACGAAUCGUUCACAUUUGAAGUUACUUUCGAUCAAAUACAAAAAGCGAGCCUGGUGAUUACAGUUAUGGACUACGAUAAGAUUGGAUUCUCGGAUCCCAUGGGCCAAGUGGUCGUCAGCAGUAAGGCAUCAGGAACCGGACUGAGGCACUGGAGCGACAUGCUGGCCAAUCCACGACGACCAAUCGCCCAGUGGCACGAACUACAGGAAGUCACAGAGAAAAAAUGA